CUGAUCUCCGAAUGGACCCCAGCUGCUCCUGAGCCACUGGUGGCUCCUGCACCUGUGCCAGCUCCUGCAAAUGCAAAGAGUACAAAUGCACCUCCUGCAAGAAGAGAACUCCAGGCUUGUCUUGGCUCCAAAUGGAUCCCAACUGCUCCUGCACCACAGGUGGCUCCUGUGCCUGCGCCGGCUCCUGCAAGUGCAAAGAGUGCAAAUGUACCUCCUGCAAGAAGAGCUGCUGCUCCUGCUGCCCCGUGGGCUGUGCCAAGUGUGCCCAGGGCUGUGUCUGCAAAGGCUCAUCAGAGAAGUGCCGUUGCUGUGCCUGAUGUUGGGAGAGCCCUGCUCCCAGACAUAAAUAGAGCAACCAGUACUAACCUGGAUUUUUUUUUUUUUAACUUCCCUGAUGGGUUUGCUACAUUCUUUUUUCUAUUCAAUAUGUGAAAGACAAUAAAACACUUUUGACUUGA